UUGAAGCAAGAUGAUCUACAAAUACAUCUAAACCUAGACAAUACAAAGUUCAAAAUUGAAACGCACUUCUUCAGUGAAUAGUAAUUAGCAUUGCAGUUAAAUGCAUUAUAUAAAAUAUUAUUGAAAAUAGUCUAAGUCUACUCCAUACAGCCGUAGCUUGUGGGCCACCGUAGUUUGGUACGAGGAGUUCCGGUUCUGGACGCCAUGGGAGAUGUUUACCUCGGGAUUUAGAUGAUUAUUUGCCUUAGAAGUCGCAGGAUAUGGCAGCGGUUAUUCUCGUGACUUUGUUUGAGUACUCCCCAUUGUUUUACAUCAGUGUGGUUUCUCUGUGUUUCGUUGUGACAGCGGCGAUGGUACUCGGCUGGUUUGGCUUUGAUGUCCCAGUGAUCCUUCGCAGUUCUGAUGAGAGAGCAUCUCUCCUGCCAACCCCUGAGAAGCAAAUGGUUCGGAUGACCAACCCCUUCAGCCUCAAGAUGGGCUCAGGACCGGCGUCUGUCACUGACGGUGUGUCCUUGACGCCCUGCUGUCUGGUGCCCUGUGUCCUAAGCUGUUUCUGGGGCUGUGAGGUCAGGGCCUUGCAGUCCGCGUUGCAGGCUCACCAGCGCCGCCCGCAGCUCGUUACCCCCAGAAGUUUGCAGGAGGCCUUGCAGCUCCGCUACUACCACUGCCACAGCUUCUACAUCGAUAGUGAGGACAGAGAGGAAAGGCGCACACGGAUUCCUGCUGACAUGGGGAUUGCGGACUUUGGGCCGUUGCCAAGGGAACGCUACCCUCUUGUGGCUGUGCUGACGCUGGCGGAGCCGGAAGCUGGAGACAUCGUGGCCAGUUUGACAGUUAUUCAUGUUCCUGAUGACAAAUACAGCCUUUCUGUACGCGUUCUCUUCCAGUACCUUCUCACCUCACAUGGAAACAUGUUUGAAUUAAAGCCUCUCUUCAUGUCAGCUGACAGUGCGGGCGUGUCCGAGAGUCCUGACUCGGAGCAGAGUACCCAACGGAGUAGAGUGCAGUCGGGUCCAGCAGCAGAGGAAGGGAGAUGGGCUGGGCUGGGCCGGGACUGCGUGGUCUGUCAGAAUGCAGCAGUGAACAAAGUGUUGCUGCCCUGCAGACACGCCUGUGUGUGUGACAGCUGUGUGACACACUUCCAACACUGCCCCAUGUGCAGGGCCUUCAUCCAGGAGUCCUUUGCACUUAUAGAGGAACCAGCUGCACAACAAGAUUGAGCUCUCUUUUAUUUAAAAGACAUCUGCAUCAGGAUGGGCAUAAUGGCAACUGUCACCCCAAACUAGUAACAGUUGUGGUCUGGCUAAGUAUUGGCCAGGUUCCAAUUGGUCUCAGCCAACGAUAUCAGCCACAAUGGGGUUGUGGACGUCGUACAUCUUAAAACAUUUCAUUUGGAUUCGCUUUAAGUGAGGCAUGCACAUUUUGUUUAUGCAAAAAUGCUGUGACUAUAAUUAAUUCCAUGUAUCUUGGAAAGGUUCAGUCAAUAUUUCAGUUGUAUUUGUUAAUCUGCACAUGAACUAUUCAGUUAUUAGAGUGUGGAUUUAGGAUAUAGAGUAUUGUAUGGAUGUAUUGAUUUUUCCCCCCCCCAUAUCUCUGCUGUUGACCGGUUAGUGGUUUUAUUUUAAACAUAAUGGUUGUUGGGGCGGGUUUUGUUCAUUUUGAGGGAAACACCGGGUAAAUUGGGACGUGCAGUUUUUGCAUUUGACCAGAGUGGCACAUUGUGAUGGAAAUGCAUUUAAGUGGGUGCCUGCUAAUGAGCACAAGUGUGGGUGGGAAGCACAGUUUUUGACCGUGGUCAGUCAACAGCUGUGUCUCAAAGUCGCCAGGCUGCAUUCUUGUAGCCUGCUGCCUUCACGGUUGACCUGGGCUGGGACCUCCAACCACAGAGGCUGAACCAACAGGUCUCUGACAUUGGACUAUCUGGCCUACGGGGGGACUUCCUGCUUGCCUCAUCAGCAUUACCUUCACUGCUGCCGUUGCCUAGCAACCUGCUGAGCUUAAUAAAAACUCAAACAACUUUCAAAGCACAGAUAAGGAAGAUAAACUUAUUCUCACUUAAUUUAAUUUCGGAAGAUACGCUUCUCCUGAGCAUGAUAGAUUCCAGGCUGAGAUUUCCAGUUAUUUUAAAUUCAAAUAAAAUAAGUUAAGUUAAGAAGUACGCUAAUUUAUAAUUAUAGCUAAAAGUAAUAUUGCAAUCUUAAGGCAGAGGAGACUCCAUCGAUGUCAAUAAAAACAACAGCAUACACAUUUAUUAAUGCGGGCAGGUGAGCUGCCAUUAACAGCGCAAUGGCUCCUAAGAACAGUGGACUCGAGGGGCUUUCAGGUGAGGGGGGGUUCUGGGUCAGGGGCAGCAUGACGGAGUUACGGGAUUUUGUCUCUAGAAUAGUGAAAUGAGAUACACGUUUGGUGGCUACAACUAUUUUGUGCUAAAAGGCAGCUAUUUACUUACCAUUUAUAAUUUAGCUGGUAACCAUGUUAUAAAAGCAGUGUUACUUGAGGCAGUAAAAGAAACAAAUGGCCAAUUGUUUUAGCCUCGAUGGUACCCAUUCAUCACAGGCCAAAUUAACAUUU